CUCGUCGCGUUCUCGCUUUCAGUGGUCGGGCAUUCGCCCUCGUCUCCUUCCCUGCCGUCCUCUCCUUGGUAGGUCUGCGGCUGGUGGACAUUGUACCAUUGACACCGUAUCCCUUCUCUCAGGCGCCUUGCUACUUGGCCUUGAUCCCUUGCGGCCGGGCACGCAAGUCCACGCCCCGGACUGUCCUCUCAUCGCCAACAACUGGGUCCACCUCGCACCCGUACUCACCUCUUUCGUGUCGGAACCGCGGAUGAAUACCGUUCUGCCAUAUCCGCAUCUUUAUCGAAAGACUUCUGUGCAUGUCUAUUGACCGCGAUCGCCCGCGUAACAACCUACCUGUCAAUGUCGAUCUCACAAUAGGGGUUGGAUUGAUAGGAUACGCCCUCGCACUGUUGCUGUACGGGAUAACUACCGGCCAGACGCUUCUGUACGUUGGACGGUAUGGACGGCUACAGUCCACCUUUUGGACGCGAUGGAUGGUGCUGAUCAUAUGGCUUAUAGACACCACUCAUACGUUUAUCGUGUCGUGUUCCAUGUACUAUUAUUGCAUCUCCUUCCAUGCAGAUCCAACGCAGUUCUCCCGCGUCAUUUGGGUAUACGGGGCAAUAGCCAUUUGCUCAGAGUGUAGCAAUGGCUUGGUCAGAAUGGGAUAUGCAUAUAGGAUAUGGAGAUUUAGCAAGAGAAGGGCUCCAGUCCCCUUCGCGAUAGUCAUUAUCUCAUUAUUGCUCCUUGCCAUGGGCAACUUCUAUGGCAUCAAAGAAUCACAUAGACUCAGGGCCCAUUCGUUCUUGGAGCUGGACGGUAUCGCGUGGUCUUUCUACUUCACGUCGUCUCUGAACUUCAUCUCCGAUGCCAUCAUUGCUGUUUCGAUGGUGUCCCUAUUCCGGCGAUUCUUAACGGGGCUCAGACGGUUCGAUAUUGUGUUGCAGACGAUAAUUGUCUACGUCGUAAAUACUGGCGUGCUCUCGGUCAUUCUGACUUCGAUAAGUCUCGCCUCAUUCCUUUUAUGGCCUACCACGUUCUUUUAUAUCAUCAGCUACUGGAUACUGGUGAAGAUGCACGCUUGCUCUUUUAUCGCGGUCCUACAUGCAGAACAGGAACUUGCUGAUCAGGCUAGUGGCCGAUACAAGAACGACCCACCGAUGUUCACCACCGCACUGCGUGUGGAUGUCGAGCACACGGGCUCGCCUGACCAAGCCGAAACGGCGGGCCUGACAACCUCCACAAUAUACUCCCCCGUCACAGAAGAUCACGGCUCUGCAGAUGGCCUAGAGAUAGUGGAGGUAUAUCGCAAAUCCCAGGACUCUAAGGCAUCGUCAAUUGGUGGUACUGGGUAAAUCUCUCUUUGCAUGUAAUCAGUCUGCACAUACUGUCAAUUGCACAUCCUCCAUUACGUCUGGUG